AUGGGAUUGUUUGAGAACGUUUACACAGUACAGGGUACAAGAGUGUGGCUGCCAGAUGUGGAGAUGGUCUGGAAAAGUGCUGUCCUUAAUGAAGAUUACAAGGGACAGAAAUCUUUGAAAGUCACUCUGGAUGAUGGCAAGGAUACAUCAAUUCAAGUGGCUGGUCCCAAGAAUCUACCCCCACUUAGAAAUCCGGAUAUAUUAAUUGGGGAGAAUGAUUUAACAUCCCUAAGUUACUUGCAUGAACCUGCUGUCUUGUACAAUCUGCAAGUGAGGUUCGUGGAGAGGAACUACAUCUACACCUACUGUGGCAUCGUGUUGGUGGCCAUCAAUCCUUAUGAAAGUCUGCCCAUCUAUGACAAUGACACCAUCACUGCUUAUAGCGGACAGAGCAUGAAUAGCCUCGACCCGCACAUUUUUGCUGUUGCAGAGGAGGCCUACAAAAGAUUGGCAAAAUAUGAUGAAAACCAGUCCCUGAUUGUGUCAGGAGAGUCGGGGGCAGGCAAGACGGUGUCGGCCAAAUAUGCCAUGAGGUACUUUGCAACGGUCUGUGGGGCCGAAGCCGAAACUCAGAUCGAGAAGAGAGUCCUGGCCUCAAAUCCCAUCAUGGAGGGUUUUGGGAAUGCAAAGACGACACGCAAUGACAACAGCAGCAGGUUUGGCAAGUACAUUCAGAUCAGAUUCAGUAAGUCAAACAACAUUGUUGGGGCCGAUAUGAGGACGUAUCUUCUUGAGAAGUCGAGAGUUGUCUACCAAGCCCCAGAUGAACGAAACUAUCACAUCUUCUAUCAACUCUGCUCAAAUGCUGGUGACCCAGAUUUUGCUGAACUCAAACUAGAUGAGGCAGAGAAGUUCGACUACCUGAACCAGGGGAGUGCUCAGAAAGUUGAUUCCAUUGAUGACUUUGAUGAUUUUGCAAACCUCAGGGAAGCAUUUUCACUCAUGGGCAUAAAUGAUUUGAAGCAGAUGUGCAUCUUCCGAAUUUUAAGUGGAAUUCUUCAUAUGGGCAACGUCAACAUCAUCCCAGACAACAGGAGAGGGGACAGUUGCCAAGUUCAUAAAAUAGACGUCCACCUAUCCAUCAUGGCUGAUUUGCUGGGUAUCGAUCAGGAACAGAUGAGGUACUGGUUGUGUCACAGAAAGAUUGUCACGGCCAAUGAAACGCUCACGAAGCCUCUCACUCAUCAACAAGCCCUGAACACUCGAAAUGCUCUGUCGAAACACAUAUAUUCCCAGCUUUUUAAUUGGAUCGUAUCUGAGGUCAACAAACUUUUGUCAGCCAAUUACAAAUCAGAUAAGUUCAUCGGAGUCCUUGAUAUUUACGGAUUUGAGACAUUCGAGGUGAACAGUUUUGAACAGUUCUGUAUAAAUUAUGCUAAUGAGAAGCUGCAACAACAGUUCUGCUUGCACGUCUUCAAAUUGGAGCAAGAGGAGUACAUAAAGGAGGAGAUAGAGUGGAGCUUUAUCGACUUCCACGACAACCAGCCAUGCAUCGAACUGAUCGAAGGCAGACUGGGUGUGCUCGAUCUUCUUGACGAGGAGUGCAAGAUGCCUAAUGCGUCGGAUAAGAAUUGGAACCAGAAGUUGUACGACAAACACGGCAAGAACGAAUUUUUUGAGAAGCCCCGUCUCUCUCAGACGUCAUUCAUCAUCAUACACUUCGCUGACAAAGUCGAAUAUCUGAUGGAUGGAUUCGUUGAAAAGAAUCGAGACACCAUUCUCGAAGAACAUGUCAAUAUAUUGAAAGCUAGUCAGUAUGAACUGGUAGCAGAACUGUUUGAGAACCUGGCUGACCCAUCCAGCCCCACGAAGACGACGACGAUGCUGAGUGGGGCGGGUGGGGGUAGUGCCAGCGCCACGAAGAGGCAGACCAUGACGUCAUCGGUCAUCAGGUCCUCGUCCAAGGAUCUGCCUGGCAGGUCGGCUCUUCAGAGACAAAUGAGGAAAACUGUUGGAUCUCAGUUUCGUGAGUCGUUGAAGUUGCUGAUGGAAACUCUCUUCAAAACUACCCCACACUACAUACGAUGCAUCAAACCCAAUGAUCUGAAGCUGCCAUUCCACUUUGAACCGCAACGAGCCAUCCAACAGUUGAGAGCCUGUGGUGUACUUGAAACCAUCAGGAUCAGUGCAGCCGGCUACCCGUCGAGAUGGACCUACCCUGAAUUCUUCCAGAGAUAUCGAGUUCUGGCUCAUAGCAGUGAAAUAAACAGGAAGGACAUGAAGAUGACGUGUCAGAAAAUACUAAAUAAGUUUAUCCAAGACAAAGAAAAAUUUCAAAUAGGUCGAACGAAGAUUUUCUUCAGAGCCGGCCAAGUUGCCUACCUCGAAAAACUUAGGACGGACAAGUUGAGAAGUUGCGGAGUGUUGAUACAGAAAGUAGUUCGAGGAUUUCUGGCGAAACGAAAGUUCCAGAAAGUGAGGGAGAUGGCCUUGAAGUUGCAGAAAUAUGCAAGAGGAAUGUUGGCUAGAAGGCAGGCUCGUUUCCUCCUGGAGACGAGAUGCGCCACGAAGAUCCAGGCGACGUGGCGGCGAUUCUACCAGCAAGCCAUCUACAAGAAGAUAAUCAGAGGCGUCAUCUUCGUCCAAUCGUACGCACGCGGUCUCUUCGGGCGCAACAAGUACGUGCGUAUUGUGAAAAAUGUCAAGGCCACUCUCAUACAGAAGGUUGUCAGAGGUUGGUUGGCUCGCAGGAGGUACCACAAAGUCAGACGAGGGGUGGUCAAGUUGCAAGCUCAUGUUAGGAGGAGAGCUGCCAAGAAACUUUUCAAGAAGCUAAAGGCCGAGGCGAGGUCCGUGGAGCACAUCAAGAAGGUGGCGAAGGGUCUGGAGAACAAAAUCAUUGAACUGCAGCAGAAACUCACUGAGAAGAACAAAGAGGUGAUCGUACUGAAAGAAGACCAGAGCCAGUUGGUCGAGGCGAGGAACGAGAUGGCGAAGAUGAAGCUGGCCCUGAAUGCUGCCAAACAAAACGUGGACAGGCUGAGGGAGUUGGAGCUGCUCGUCAGCAAGUUGACUGGAGACCUCGAGGUGGAAAAGUUGGAGAAGGAAGCCCUCGUCACUGAAAUGCAAGCUGUCAGGAUGGAGAAGGAGAAGUUAUUUGAGAAGAUGCGGAAGGAGAAUGAAGAGAUGAGAAAGAAGUUGGAUGUGAAGCAGGUUGAAAUGCAAGAGUACAAGAGCCAACACGAAGCCCUGCUGAACGAACAAUUGAAGCAAGUGAGAGAAGAAUUAACGCGCGAAUUCGAAUCAGAACGCAGCCACCACCAAAGAAUGAUAAAAGAUUACACUCGUCUGCAACAAAGAUAUGAAAAUCUGCAAGGGAACCGCAAGGUCAUCAUGGACGAGCAGCCAGCCCUACAGACGGCCGCACUGAAGAAGCAAAUCUCGAAUGGCAGUGAUGAGAAUGGAGAGAUGACGAAGUUGAGAGAUGGUGAUGUCGAGGGAGAGGAUGAAAUGAAGAAAGCGAAACUGCUCGAAAGAUCGAAAAACUCUUCUGAUUCAUCGCUACUCGAACAAAAGGAUUCCACUGAAGAGGUGAACCUGAUUGCCCGCCUACAAAUGCGCAUCCGUCAAUUGGAAUGGGAGAAAUCUGUGAUGAGGAGAGAGAUGAACAGGAAGAGUGGGUCGAGGUCGUUUGAAAGUCAGUCGUCUGAGGGUGGCGGAGUUGCUGAAGGGAGUGCUGGAAGGAGUGAUCCUGAUAAGGAACUGCAAGACUUGGAGAUAGAAAAUACGAACCUGAAGAACGACCUUGAGAAGUUGCAAAGGUCAAUCAUGGAUGGAGAGAAGGGUGAAGGAGUGAAAAGUGCCAAACUGGUUCUUGAGCAACUUGAAGUGAUGAAUCUGGAGUUGAACCGACGUCGCGAAGAAUGCAUUCAACUGAGAACCGUGCUGGCCUCCAUGACGAGGAGUGCCGUACAACGCGGUAUGACGUCAUCCGGUAGAGAUGGGCUGCAAAGUAGAGAUGGGCGAGGCGAAUUUGUUCCGGAUGAUGGUGAACUUGAGAUGGCGUAUAAGACUCAGAAAGAUUUGAACAAGUUGCUAGAGAAUGAACUUCAAAGAAUGCAGAAGUCCUACACGGAACAAGAGCGAGACAUGAGGAAUCAGAUUGAGGAACUUAAGAAGGAAAACAUGAGGCAACAAAAGUUGAUUGGACAGAACCUCACAAUGACGCCGAAGGUGAAGAUGGAGGCGACCAUGCAGCACGAAAUCACCAGGCUCACUUCCGAGAACCUCGAUUUGAGAGAGCAGAUAGAUAAGAUGAAUGAACAAAUCAUCAAACUGAAGAAGGCAUUGAAGAUUUACGCAAAAAGAUUAAAAAAUUCAGAAGCUGAGAUGCAGGAUGACCUUGAACUUGACCUUUCCAGAGAUGAACAGCAACAAAAUCAGUUGAACUCAACUGCAACAAGCAACGGCCACAACAUGCCAGUGGUGAGACAUUUUGGCCAGCGAGAGUACAACGGGAUGUUCGAAUACAGGAAGGAAGAUGAGCCAAUCAUCAUCAAGUCUCUUAUCAUUGAAAUGAAACCCCGCCUAGCCAUGCAGCACCUCCCCGGCCUGCCCGCCUACAUCAUCUUUAUGUGCAUUCGCCACACGGACCACAUGAAUGAUGACGACAAGGUCCGAAGUCUUCUCACCAACACCAUCAACGGCAUCAAGAAAACCGUUAAGAGAUUCCAGGAAGAUUCAGAAACCUUGACCUUGUGGCUGUCGAACACUUGCAGAUUGCUUCAUAAUUUGAAACAGUACAGUGGAGAGAAAGUCUUCCAGACGCACAACACCAGCAAACAGAACGAACACUGCCUGAAGAACUUUGACCUCUCCGAGUACCGGCAGAUUCUCAGUGACCUGGCCGUCUGGAUCUUCCAGGGACUAAUCAAACUCGUCGAAGCGCAAAUUCAUCCCUUCAUUGUGUCGGCCAUAUUGGAACACGAAGCCAUCGCUGGUCUGACGGCUGGCAAGCCGACGGGAGCAGGCUUGCGUGGAAGGAACAUGGCGGUGGGAAGAAGAGGAGAGGCAGACGCCAAGUCAUGUGAUGAGGCACUCGAUAGAUUGAUCAAAUCAUUGGACAACUUGAUGCACACAGUCACCGUUCACAUGGUCGAUCCAGAGCUUGUUCAGCAAAUAUUCAGACAGAUCUUCUACUUCAUAUGCGCCAACUCCCUCAACAACUUACUCCUACGUAAAGACAUGUGCCACUGGACCAAGGGCAUGCAGAUGAGGUAUAAUUUGAGCCACAUGGAGCAGUGGUUGCGCGACCACAAAAUGAACGACACGAACGUUCAGUCGGCUCUCGAUCCCAUCAUCCAAGCAUCGCAACUCCUUCAAGCUAGGAAGACGGACACCGACGUGGACAGCGUGUGUGACAUGUGCUCCAAACUGACGACCUCGCAAAUCAUCAAGAUACUCAACCUCUACACGCCCGUUAACGAGUUUGAGGAACGCGUACCAAUCACAUUUAUACGGAAAAUACAAGACAAACUCUCAUACAGGCAGGAUUCCACUCAACAACUUCUGAUGGACACGAAAUAUUUAUUCGCCAUCACCUUCCCGUUCAAUCCUUCAACGGUUGGAUUGCACACUUUACAGGUUCCGCCCGAGUGGAAGCUGUCGGUUCUCAAGAGGUUGUGAUCAAAUCUGAUUUGAAAAAACAAUCUUCGAAAAUUGCGAUCAAGUUGGUUUCCUUGUAGAUGCUAAUUAAUAGGUUGCACGAGCUUAUUGUUGAAGAUCUGUUAUGGAUAACUAUUUUGAAUCAUUACGAAGAUAUGUUUAGAAUUGAUGUCUGAAGCUUAAACAUUUGUUGUAUCCACGCGUAUGUAUUUAUGAUAUUUGUACGUUGUUGUCAGCCAACGUUAUCUCUUUCCCACCUGCAUAAUUUCUUUCCAAAUUCAACUUCAUGAGUUUAUUCCACCUACCGACUUUGCUUAAUUUAGUUCCAUUCAUUAACUUGAUUCAUUUUUUAUUCGUUAAUAUUUGUUUUACUUAUUAAUUUAAAUUAAGAGUUUAAUUUAGAAUCUCCAUUCUCUUAUUAUCUCACUCAUCUGAGAACUAUCUAUUAAUAAUUACCAACGUAUUAAUUCAUAUAACCUGGUCAAACGUCAUUUACAUUAAAACGAAUCAAACAUUUUAGGGUACCUGCCCGUUACAUUAUUUUCUUUGAAACUUCCCAUCGGUACAAUAUAAAUGUGUUUCUGGAUGUUGUAUGUUCUCUGUUACUAGUCAUUUAUAUAUUGUCAGUAACUAUCUUCUGCUUGUGUACAUUUUAUUGAAUUAUUCAUCUAUUACUUAUACAGUAUAGGGUGAAUUCUACAGAAUUGUUGGCAUAAAUCAAUUAAUAGUUAAUCUAACUAUAUGCCAACAGUUCGGUAGAACUGUAUAAAAUAUGGUUCCCAUCCAACACAUACACACAUAUAUAUACAUAAAUAUAUAUACAUAAAUAUAUCAAUUAAUAAAAUGUCAAUGAGUUGAGAAUCUUAUUAUCAAACGUUCUGCGAAAUUUUCUCGCAUCGUGAAUUACAUGAACAAUUUUUUUAAACAGCCAGCACUCACUUGGUUUCGUCAUCUCAACAUAAUUACAGUUUUCUGUAAAACUCUUUAGUAUGACAUUAUUAAUGAAUGAAUAAAUGGAGGGGGCUGCCAUUAUAAGAUUUCAAUUAAGAUUUACAUGCAUUACACAUUGGUAGUUUACCCACGUACUUCUUUCAUAUACUUUUCUUUCAUUAACGUUUCUAACAUUUUUCGUGUAUAUUUGGUAUUCAUUUUUAUUAGUUUGAUAUUUGGUUUUGUGGGUUUGUUUGUAGUGACCUGUCAAAAUCAAAAUUGUGCUUUUCUAGUUUUUUCAUUUAGUUUUUUUUUCAUUUCCAAAAAUUUUUUUAGAUGAAAUUUAUUAAAUAAAUGAAAAACAACUA